AGUUGGACAAGAAAAAUCCAAUUGAUCCAGGCCGAUGUAGUAAGAUUACACAUGGGCAAGUGAAACUGAUAAAAGAUAGACUCAGUGAGGACAGGGUGGUUAUGUGCAGCAAAGAAGAACCGAAUUUUUAUUUCUGGAAAUCAAUGGAUGGUAAGCCAACAUUUCCGAUAUGCAGAGAUAGAAAUUCUUGAAUGACUCAAUCAGAGUAAUUUCAUAAUUCACAGAUUACAACACCAACUUUUUAAAUUGGCUGAAAUAAUAACCAUUUUAAACUUUAUUAGAUUUGCUUAAUUUAAAAACUGGACACUGUUGCAUGAUUUCAUGUAACGUAAAAGAUGUAAAACUAUACCGCAAUGAAAUAAAGAUCAUUGCAAUAUUGACUGUGCUAUUGAUGUUUGAACGUUGAACUACUGUUUUUGAAAAUGUCAAAAAUUAGCAUAAAACAACCUAUAUAUAUAUAUUUGAUUUGAUUUGCCCAUAUAAAGCUAAAUAUAUUUACAGUACAAUGUAUAUUUGUACAAACACUAAGGGCUAAGAACCGUUAUGAAACCUAUCAGGCUUUUAUUCAAAGGCCCCUAGUUUAACAAUAUUAACUAUUAUUAAAAAAAUGGUUAAAGAUGAAAUAAAUAUGUGGUUAUACUUGUAAAAUGAUAAACAUUUUUUAUUUUGGCUGUACCUCGCUCAAUAUUGCAUGUAAAAUCAAAGUGUUAUAUAUCAAAAUAUACGUUAGUCCUUUCUGAUGGCAACGAUAUUUAUUAGCUUUUAUAGGUAUUACGUUACAUGAAAUCAAAGUAACAUUGUCAUUUUUUUUUGGGGGGGGGGCACCCGGUGUAUUCUUAAUUCAAAUUUCGUUCAGCUCUGCAUAUGUUAGUGGCAUAAAUUAGACGGUGAUGGCAGUCAAAGAGAAAUAUAUGCUAAAAUGUUAAACCCAUGUUUACACCUAAAAACAUAGGAAAAUUUCAAGAUUCAAAUAUGACAAAUAUAACAAAUUAAAGUAAUGUCGAAAACCUACAUACGUCAAAAACUUAAAUAUCUAGGAAGUUCAACCCUUGGAGAAUAUUUUGAUCCUGCUGUUGAUUGCUCGGACGUCGUUGAUAGAGUACCAGACGCUACAGAUGGAUUUUACUGGAUUUAUCUCAAAGAAGUCAAAACCGUCGUGAAGGUAAGUGCUUAAAUUUUUAGUUAUCAAAAACAAAAUAUAUCCUUAUCAAUUAGCAUAUAGACAGUUUUAAAUUAAAUAUCUUGGGUAUUUUAUGAAUAUACGUGAGCCAAUCCCAGCAGGAUUAUAUGUGUAGACUCAGCCAAAUCAUUCUGUGAAUGAAAGCGCUGAAGAAAACAUAGUAAGGUGUAUGCUGUGAAAAAAUGAUUUCAUGAUUAUAUGAUUUAAUUUGACAUUUGAACCUUUUUAUGUGAAUUAUACUUAUUUACAAUGUAAAUCAAUUUAUACGAUUAUUUCAUGACACAUAUAUAUCACAAUUUCAAAUAUAUAUGAUUAAGAAUUUUUACACACCGAAUUUUAUGGACGAAUUGAAUAUUUCAUAUUUUAUUUAACAAAUUUACAAUUAAAAUCUUUUGCAUGUGAAUUCAACAUUUUAUAUGUGAUCUAUGCGCUUGAGAAUUUUAACAAUUCUCCUAUUUCAAUGGCGUAAUAUUUUUGCACAUGUAAAUGAGUUCUUUGAUUAUUAUUAAAAAAAAACAAUACACAAUAUAAUAAUGAUUUAAUUUGACGCCUGAUAUUAAUAUGUGAUUUAAUUUGACGCCUGAUAUUAGAUAGCUUAAGAUCUACGACGUCGACGUCAGCUAGGACGUCAGGGCUGAGCAGAGGACUGGGACUACAUUAGGACGACAGCCUAGUCCCAGUCCUCUGCAUAACCCUGACGUCCUAGCUGACGUCGACGUCGUAGAUCUUAAGCUAUCUAUUAAUCGAACAAGUUUCAUUUCAUGCAUGGAAACUUUAAAUAUGAACGACAAAUUGCGUUUAAAUUCAUAUUUCAUAUGAAUAAAAAGUUUAAUAUAUGAUGUAUUUUACACGUGAAUUUGAUUUUACAUAUAAAUUGCACAUAUUUUGCAUGUGCUAUCAUGCAUGAAACUUCCGAUUCAUUUAAUAGGAUACGCGUAUUGCUAAACAGUACACUUUUUGUCUUUACUUCAAUGUUGUUAUCCAGUCUCUGCCAUACAGAUUGCUUAAUUAUUUGCAUUUCUUUCUGUGACUAAGGCUUGGUGUGACGUCACAACUGAUGGUGGUGGAUACUUGCUGGUUGCAAGAAAGAAUGAUUCUGUGACUUGGACUGUCCCUUCGUCUAAAGAAACUGUUGAUCCUUUUGGAAAACCACACUGGUCCAGUAUCUUCGGUAACAUGAAAAUGUUAGAUAUACGUUUUCAAUUUUCUACUACAUCAGAGUUCAAGGAUACAAAAGCACACUGGUAAGCUAAUUCCGUUUCACAAUAAUUUCUUUUUAUUUGGAACUAAGAUCACCGUCGUCCGCAAUAUUGUAUAUUUAACUAGAAAAUACAUGCAUGCAGAAACCCUCGCCUUCUGACAAAACCAUUGUAUUUUCCGAACAUGAAGUAUUUAAAAUAAUUGUCAUGGUAACACGAUAAUUUUUUAAGAAUAUUUUUACAAAUGAAAAAUCCCCCUAAAAUAUCACUUUAAUUACAAAAUUACCAAUUUCCCAAACAUAUUUUGUUAGGUAUGGUAUUAUACGUAAUAUAAGCAUCAAUUUAAGGUAAAAUUCAACCACAAAGCUUCGCGAAACGUUUUAAUGUGUUCUUUAUAAAACUUAACUGCCUAUUGCCGUUUUGGCUUUACCGGUAAACUUUGAGUUUGAAAUAAAAUUAUUUCAAAUUCUCGCAUGCAAAUAACUUUGCUUUCUUUUUUAUUUAAAAAAUUUAAUAUAAUAAAAAAGGGUAGUCAAUACACUGAAAUAGUAUACACUGAAAUUAUAUGCUGUCUUGUUUCGUUUAUACGCAAGGUUUAUACGAUCGGCUUUUAAGUUAUAAAGCAAACAAUAGAUUAAUAAAACAAACUUACCUUCGUUAACGUCUGCGCCUUUGCUCCCUUCUUUUAGCCGAUUCUUUCGCCCCUUUUUCUUAAAAAGCUUUUGAAAUUCACAAAAUCUUGCAAAAAUAAAAUAUAUUUGCAAGAAAUCAUCAGAAAUGUUUGCUAUUUCGCUCCUAUUCUGUGCUGUCGUCAUGCAGUCGUUAUAAUGCAAAUUUUAAAUUUGACCAAUCAGUAUUCGCUAUUCACGACAGUCCGCCAUAUUUUUGAGAUCAGUGAGGAAGACCACCCAUCGUUGGUCACCCACGCCCACGAUCAUUGAUGAACUUUAGACUUCGCUAAUGCUUUCGUCUCCCCGAGUGUAAAUAGCCGGGGGGAAUUAGUACCCUCGCCCCGGGCUUACGCCCAGAACGGCGCUCCGGUCGGGGAUUAGUUCGACUUUAGAUAUAAUAGAUAUAGGGUUGGCAUAUACAGUAGGUCACAUUUUAUGAUUUACAAAUUAGUUUCGUAUCAUGCAAAAUGGUGAACAUAAAUCAAAUAUCCAUAUAAGGUAUAAGAGCACCCUAAAAACCAAUGAACCGGAACGUUAGACUGACUUGAGCAAUAUUUUCAUAUGGAUUUUUAUGUGUUCAUGAUCUUGCAUGAUACGAAACCAAUUUGUAAAUCGUAACAAUUUAAUUAAACGUAGAAAUCUACUUCUAAUUAAAUUCUAAGAAUUAACGUACAUCCACAUGCCUCGUAUUAUUUUCUAAAUUUGAAAUCUAACCUUACUUUAAAUUAUUUCAUAUUAUUCAAAGUCUGAAUUCUUCAAUACACGAUGGAGUUCUUAUUAUCCAUGCCAGUCCAGACGUAUUCAUUAGCCACAUAAUCUUUCAUAGGUUAUAUGGCAAUAAACUUGAGAUAAAAAUUAGUAGCUACACAUAUCAAGAAACUAAUUUAACCUAAUCUUUGUUUCUUGUUAAAUGAUUAAUGUUGGGGUUAUUAAAAUUACUAUUUUAUAAAUUAUAUAAUUUUUUCCUUUGAAGGAGUUUUAGAUUGGCAAAUAAACGUCGUUUUAGAGAACUUCUCAUUCGCGAUCGUGGUGGUUGCACAGAGCACAACCCUGGGAUUGGUGAUAUUGCAUUUGUUAAAGAUCUGCAGAUUGAAAAGAUUGUCAACAGAAAUUUCCAUUGUUCACUAUUCGGGGGACACCUAUCACCGUCAAUCGGAUGGGUUAGUUCAGGGAGUUGUGCGAUUUUUUUGCUUUUCAUUAAUUGUAGUAGGUGUAUUCAAUCGGUAUUUAAAAUGUUGUGAUGUAAUCUCAGAAUAAGUCGCAUUCAUGUAUUUUUUCGACACACAUGUCCGGUGUCUUUUUCAAGGUUGAGUAUAGAGAGCCAUGUUGCGAGCUUUCAAUCACCGCCGAGCUUAAUUAAAGACACUAAUCAGUCACUAUCUAGCUUGAAAUGUCAAAACAUCAGGUCCUUUUUUAACAUAUAAGUUUGCACUGAGGGCCAAGGCCCGCCAGCCACAAGCUACCCAUCCAAGAAAACAAUUGUUGUCCCUCCAGUGAAGGUCCCUUCUGUCUGAAAUUUUAACAAAAAACGAAACUAAGAUUGACUUCAGGUAAGCGUUUCUGCAGUGUUUCCCCUUAAUUUACCAUAUACCUUGUUAUCGCACUGAAAGCUCAGUCCAGUGGCCGCGAAGCAGUUAGUUUUUUCUUUUUUUUCAUAUAUUAUUUUCAUAUAUUUUUUCAUUAUAUACAUUCAUAUACAUUGUCCAAGAUAUAACUAUUUUUUGGGGAGGGACGAAGAUGGCCAACAUUUUUACGGACCUAACAGUUUUUCUACUUGAUAUUUUGAGCGGGUUUCCUUUCAUAUUUCCAGAAAUUUUUCUCUAAAUUUUCCAACUUUUUAUAUAUAAAAUUAAAAAUUUGAAAUCUUUUUUUUUUGGGGGGGGGGCUUAGUCUGUCUAGAUUCAACAUAUGUUGUGUCCAGAAAAUCAGGCCCCAGAGGCUCAAAAUUACGAAAACGUCCUGGGGAUGGACCGUUAUACGCCCUGAGCUUGGAACGCCACCAGGCCACUACCCCAUUAAAUGUUAUCUGAAGAUACAAAUUGCAUGAUCAUGCUCUAAAUUAUUCCAGAGCAGUAAUACGCGGAUGAUAAUCUACAGCCAAUGCCUAUGGUCAUGAAUUGCGUCUUGUUAAUCUGCGCAGCAUAUAGGGUCGCCUAGUUCCUUUGUUGUUAUUUCCAUUUUUUUACCUCGGUAGCUAUACUGAGUGACUACCUUUUCCAGCAGAGUAGCGAUUAACUUGAUACCGUUGUUAUAAUCAGUAUUUGUGUAUCGAAGAGAUACUAUAAUCAAGGACAUGAAUCCUGUAACUAAUUUCAUUUACACUAGACAUGCGUUCUCAGAAAUAUAUCUACGAUACGUGUGAACAUUAAACAAAAUUACUGUGUGAAUUGGCUGGAAAUGCAUUUCGGAUUUGCAAUUUUUAAAAUUGAGGACUUGCCCCCAUACCUUCGCCCACGGAGGGUUACCGCCGGUUUAUCCUGCGAAUUUACUUCAUACCAUACAACCGCUCCACGGUUGCAGGUGAAUAGAUCCUUUUCCCUUCACACCCUCACCCCCCCCCCCCCCCCCCCCCCCAAAUUCUUGCAAAACAUUGGUAGGUCAGCACAUUUUUUUCGGAAUAACUUUCACUUUAUAUUUGCCAUCAACCGAUAACUAUUCCGGUAUGCAAUAGAUUUUUAUUAAUUCGCCUUGUCUGUGACCAAGACAACGAAGUCUAACAUCAUCAUAAUUACAAAUAUGAUAGAAUUAUCAUGAAUGCAUGAAUUCAAACAACAACUUUACAUUAUACAGGGUAUGAUGAACAAGUGUCUACAGACUCCAUGUGCUGGAUUUGCUUUUCUUCCCGGAAUAAGCUUGAGACUGGAUGAUUCUGGUUCGUUUAGGUAAAACAAUAGUCUAUUACAGUAGUAGUUGCAUGGAUUUGCUGGAAGAUAGUUUACAAUUAAUUGCCGAAGGCCAGGUGAUUAUCGGUGAAUAAAAACGGAGACAAAGUUGAAGUUUUUAUUCACGAUAAUCACCGAGCCUGGGGUGAAUAAUUGUUUUAUAGUAUAAUUUCAUAGGUUUAUUAUUUGGGAAAAAAUUAAAAAUACACAAAUCUUCGUCAUGAUAAAACGACUUCGGUUGCUAUUUUGAAAAUCGCUUAGGUGAUUAUCCCGUUUUAUUAUAUAAAGUAUAGUGCUUUAUGAGUUGAUGUACUAUUUAUAUAAUAUAACUGGAAUAUAACAGACGAUUUGAUUGCAUGACAAGUCACCAAGUGGCAAGAGUAAAAAUAUACUUGACUGCAUCAAAAUACAAAUUAUUUAAUUUUGUUUUAUUAUUUAAUUAUGUUUUUAUUACAUAGAUGUAAUUAUAAUUGUUGUAGGCCUACAUAUGUUUUAUGCCCUAAUGUUUAUGUAUAUAAUAUGUAUGCUUGUAAUACCUAUAAGUAAUUAUGCAAUGUAAGUUUUGGUGCGGGACUUAAUUAGGGACUCACGCCCUGUUGUCCUUACCAUCAGUCAUUUGAUUAUAAAGUUAAUAAAUAAAAAAAAAAUUCGUACGAAUGUGCAUGCACAGUCAUGUAUUAUCUGUAUAUUCGAGUGUGUUUUGGUUCAGGUAAGGCUGGUGCUCUAUGGAGCGAGUUUCGUGACAGAAUGGAGAUAACCGAUCGAAACUGUUAUAUUAUUUGUAUAUUACUAUAGGUAACACUAUUAGUAUAGUUUCGAGAGCAAUUUGAAAAAAACGUGCCAAAGACAAUAAAAUUGCACGAGUCCGAAGGACGAGUACAAUUCGAAGUCUUUGAAAAACUCACGAGUGUAUGUUUUUUCAAAUUGCACGAGAAACCAUACUGUUACUUUAUUGAUAAUAUAGCCUACAUGUAAAUAAUUGAUUCAUUCAUUUGAAUGUUACUUUGUUUUGUUCGUAUUAUUUCUUGCUGGAAAUUGCUGUAUCUUAUUGGCUAUCUCUGCUACUGUUUCAUAUUUUUAACCAAUCAGAAAGCCUAAAUAGUCAAUGAAAUUUGCACUUUAUUUUUUUUGCACUGUAUUUCAUUUUUUGGCACUGCAUUUCGACAAAAUUGCAUUGCUCUUAGCCAAUCAGAAUUGACAUUAUUAAUAUAAUAUUAAUAGGAUAAUUUCAAGUGCAAUUUGGAUAAAACAUGCACGAGUGAGGUUUUCAAAGACAAUCAAAAUAGAUAGAUGGAUAUAGAUAGAACUUUAUUUCUAAAGGGUAGCACAAAAUAGUGUAAAACACUAAUGAACUUGUGUGGCCCUCAGAACCACUAGAACACAAAUAAGCUUGUGACCCUAAGAUGUUUGAAAAUGUCACAAGUACUUGUUAUACUACUAUUUGCAGGAGAAAACAUGCAAUUAUUUACUAAUAACUUGAAAAUAUUUUGUUUUAUUGUUUGAAAACACAAAUUUUGAUGAAAAUCUUAUCAAGAUGGCGUUUUCAUGCAUGAAACAUGGUGUUUUCAGUCAGUGAUUAUAGAGAAUCCGUCUAGCAUUUGUACGGUUGUGUGUUUUAUCACACCAGAUCGAAGUUGAAAAUAUUUCUGGGCUUCUGAUCUAUGUCUCUCAAUUUCCAAUAAAAUGCAAGAAUAAAAUAAAGUUUGGCAUUUGGUAAAAUAACAUUAUUAUAUUAUUCAUGAGCUUAAAAUGAAUAAACGUUUUGUGAAUGUUUAGUUACAGUGCAAAAGAUAAUUUCACAAGAUCUGGAAUAUGGCAUAGCUCAACGGCAUUUAUGGGCUGCUCACAUGGAAAGGUAGAUUUCUAUUUUCUAAUCGUUUCUUAUACGUUAAUUUGAAUAAUUACUAUAAUUUAAUCUUAUUUACAGUAUAUAUGGCUUGGAUAACACAGCACUUGUAGCGGCUAUUUGUAUUUGUCUACAUUCAAUUUUUUAUCCUUAAGCUUCUCUCCGUUCAGUCAUUCAGCAUAAUUUGCAAAUGGCAUCACGUACAAGACAUGAUGUGACGUGUUGUUUGGCUUCUGCCAUGCGCGUAUAAGUGCAAUAUAAUUUAUCCAUGCGGCAAUUUUACUCUAUUUAACUAAUUAAAGUUAACAGGUUGAAUAUAAAUGUAUAUAUCAAAGUAUAUAUAGCAGGCGUGCUCACGUGCUUACUUGAUCGAUAUACUGACUAACAAUCGAAUAUUUAGAUCGAGCUCUUAAUUGUAAAACAUGUUUGUUUGUGAACAUAAUUGAUAGUACAUAUGAAUAAUUAUUUUUAGUGUUGUGCGUGUUAUGGACCAAAAGGUGGAACAGACAAUUAUUGUCUCAAAAACUGCACUGCGAUUAACGGAGGCAAAGUGGCCAAACAAGUUGUAACAUGGGUCUGGAUCCGUUCCUCUCUUCCAAAACGUGUCUGGAGAAAAUGCAUUGACUUCACAAUUACAGGUCAAGAUGGCAAAGUAGAAAAUUACAGGCUGGACGAAGAAACUGGAUUGAAAGAAAAGGUUAAUGAAAAUGUUUGAC